UCUCACAUGCGAAGGACAGUGAUUGUCCUUUUCCUUGCUCACAAGGCACACUGUAGUCUAUCUCCGAGAGAGAAACCGAAUCGGCACCUAUCCGAAUUAUUUGUUUGAUUCGUCUCGCUUUGGUUGUUUUGUAUUGCCUGUCUUUAUUCGGGAUUUGCUGUGAACAUUGCCAUUUAUUCUCAUCCUGGGUCGCUUACUGUACUUUGCCUGCUGCGCCUUUACACGUUGUUUUAUCGUUUCUAGUGGAAAAGGAGGAGUCUUUCGAAUAGUCUUCUUCUUAAAUUAUAUUUUGACAUUGGUGAAUAGUGCUCUUUCCUAUCCCGGACUGGACCAAUGCGUAGCCCGUGCCCAACGGAUCCACGACAGCUCCGUUUCUCACACAGCAGAGUUCACGCUCAAUGGCCGGACCGAUGUGCGCCAGCAGACCCCGCCAACAUACACCUCUGAUGGAUCAUUUAUCUACCGUUUUCGAGCUUCUUUCCAGACCCUUGCACUUCCUUUAUACCGUGUAUUGUGCGCAAAGCCUUGGGGUCGGAGCUGUAGAGCGAAAGCAAUUGAGAUAAUGCCGCUUUCCCAACUCGACCGUUGGUCUGAACCGAGUCGACCUGUUUUACCUGGGCGCAUGCGGAGAAUCCUCUCGUUCUGAACCACAAAAGAAGCCUGCCGUCUGGAUUUCUAUGUGGUUGGAAAUACAAAAGUUGAACACUGAAACAUUUAGUCUACUCAAGACGGCAAGAAGUGAAGAUGGUUACGUGUUCAACGUGUAUUUCAUUAAAGUGGCAUCCAGCGUGAUAAACAUAAUCAGUGAUGUAGUAAGUCUGUUCAUAUGCGUGCUCAUCAUUUGCAGUAAAUACUCGCAACUGCUCAAACAGGGGACUAUGAAGAUGAUACUCUUCCGUAAAUUCCGAGUUUUGAUUCUCAUGGUGUUUCUAAUCGCCUGCUCGAUGCACAUCAUGAUAGACUUGUUACCAAAGCUGGAGAGGCGCAGCAACAGCGGCUGCUCCUGCUCGCACAAGCCGAGCGAGGACCCUCAGAACUGGGCUAAACACCGAGCUAGGUCGGGAGCGGAGUCAGGCUGGCCUAACAAACACACGCUGAGAAUCCUCCAGGACUUCAGCAAUGAGCCAAACUCUAACAUCUCUUCCCAUUCUCUGGAGAAGAACACCAAAGCGGGAAACAAAACGGAAGCCUUUAAACGGAUUGAACAUUAUGCACAAAAUGGUGACAAAAAGAGACGGUUCAUACACGACACUGUGGUCACCAAAAACAUACCUGUCAAGAGUUCAAGGUUGCUGGCUCUGUUUGACCACCCGUUAUUCAAGAGAGCCUUACCGUCUCUGACCGACGAAGACACCUUGUUCAACGUCAACACAGACAUCAGAUUUGACCCCAACGCCGCCACAGAGAAUCAGGAAUGGCACGCUGAAGGGAACAUGGAGGAGUACACUCCAACAGGAGGAGAGCUGACGGCUGACUCCUACCCCAACUGGCUCCGCUUCCACAUAGGGAUUAAUCGAUAUGAGCUCUACUCCAGACAUAACCUAGUCAUCGAUGCUCUGCUCAGGGACCUGGUCUCACAGAGAAUCACCAGCGUCGCCAUGAAGUCUGGAGGCACCCAACUGAAACUGAUCAUGACGUUCCAGAACUAUGGACAGGCUCUGUUCAAACCUAUGAAGCAGACCCGGGAGCAGGAGACGCCCCCUGACUUCUUCUACUUCUCGGACUUUGAGAGACACAAUGCUGAAAUCGCUGCCUUUCAUCUAGACAGAAUUCUGGACUUCCGUCGUGUCCCUCCUGUAGCAGGCAGAUUGCUGAAUAUGACUAAAGAGAUCAAAGAUAUGACCAGGGACAAGAAGCUGUGGAAAACCUUCUUCAUAUCACCAGCCAACAACAUCUGUUUCUAUGGGGAGUGUUCGUACUACUGCUCUACGGAGCAUGCUCUGUGCGGUAAGCCAGACCAGAUCGAGGGUUCCCUGGCCGCCUUCCUCCCAGACCUGGCCUUGGCAAAACGUAAGACCUGGAGAAACCCCUGGAGACGAUCCUACCACAAACGCAAGAAAGCCGAGUGGGAGGUGGACCCUGACUACUGUGAAGAGGUGAAACAGACUCCGCCCUAUGACAGUGGCACCCGUCUGCUGGACAUCAUGGACAUGACCAUCUUUGACUUCCUCAUGGGCAACAUGGAUCGUCAUCACUAUGAGACGUUUGAGAAGUUUGGCAAUGAGAGCUUCAUAAUCCACCUGGACAACGGGAGAGGGUUUGGAAAGCAUUCCCAUGAUGAGGUGUCUAUCCUGGUGCCUUUAAGCCAAUGUUGCAGAGUGAGGAAGUCGACCCACCUGCGUCUGCAGCUGCUGGCCAAGGAGGAGUACCAGCUGAGUGAUCUGAUGUCUGAGUCUCUGCUGAGGGACAAACUGAUCCCCAUCCUCAUCCAGCCUCACCUAGAGGCGAUGGACAGACGCCUACGCCACACACUCAACGUCCUGGCAGACUGCAUCGAGAAGGAGGGCUAUAGUAAUGUUGUGGAGGAUGACCUGGCGAGUGAGAGGAAGGGGGCUCAGAUGCACACAUCACCCAGGGGGAGGUAGCUGGGAGGCCUGAACUGUUCUGGAAUGGACCAGACUGGAUUGGACCGGAUCAAACCGUAUGGAACUAGAGUCGAUCAGACUGAACUGGAUUGAACUGGAUUGGACUGGACCAGAUUAAACCGGACUGAACCGGUUUUGACCACCAUCCCCAUAGGCCCCUUAAAUAACAUUGUACACCUCCCAACCAAUCGAUCAUCUCCCACCACAGCACCACAGAUCAUGAAAGUCUUGCGAGAGCCGCUUGUCUUGUUCAGGAGACAUUUUUGAAUUCAGUGAAUUCCAAGACUGGUAUUAUUCCUUCUGCUGUCAACUGAAUAUUGUGUUUCUACACAUUGUUGGGACCUGUCGCAGGUGUGCAAACGAUAUGCGUAUUGGAGAUCGAUUCUGUGUCUUAAUGAACAAUUUAUUGCAAAAUGUUUUAUAACUUCUGUUGCUCUUUUACAUUGUAUUUUGUAUUAAUUUAAGAGAUAUUUCAUUGGAGGGUUUACUGCAAAAUGUGUCUUCUGCUUUUCAUCUUUCAAAUGCUUCCUGUCCCGAGAGUAUUUAUUGCAUUUCAUAUUAAUUGUUUGAAAUAAAUGAGACCCAAAUCAUUUUUCUAUCAAUAGGACUGGGGGCUCGAGUCAAUCUGUAUCGCUGAAACUCUUGAGUGGUGCAGCGGUCUAAGGCACUGCAUCUCAGAGCUAGAGGCAUCACUACAGACUCUGGUUUGAUUCCAGGCUGUAUCACAACCGGCCGUGAUUGGGAGUCCCAUAGGGCGGCGCACAAUUGGCCCAGCGUUGGCCGGGGUAGGCUGUCAUUGUAAAUAAGAAUUUGUUCUUAACUUGCCUAGUUAAAUAAUGGUUAAAUAAAUACAUGCUCUAGAAAUAUAAAGUUAAUGUCCUGUUGAGCCGACAUUUGCAGCGUUUACCAUGAAUGCAGUUUCUGCUAAUGUGGGAACAUGGCCUUUAAAUUUCAAGCACACUGUAACACUGAACUUCCACUAUACAGAUCAAAUACAGCCCUGAGUGGUCAGGAGACCAAGAGGGAGUGAGAGAGACUACAGAUGUGCAGUCCUUAGUUGGUCAAGUAGAGGGCAGCUCUAGUGCACAUGUACAAUAGUGGUCUGCAGGUCAUCUGUUUGUUCACCCGCACCUGCCCACAAUUGCUAAUAACCCAUCUGCAACCGCCCAACUAUUCUGUAGGCUACGGUCAGAGAUGGCAGAACGAUUUUUUGACAGGGGUGCAGUUUUUUUUUAAUAGAAAAUAUGUUUCUGCUUAUAAUUACCGACAUUUCGGUAGGCUAUUUGUUCGUCAACUUGUCUAUAAUAAGACUAUAUACAUGCUGCUUCUCUUUUGUCAUUAUAUGUUGACCUAGAAGACUAAAAUAAACCCUUGCUCACCAGAAUAAUGUCAUAAAUUGAUAGAAGCAUUCAUUCUAUCUAUUGUAGUUGACAUCAGUAAACUUUUCUUUGUCGUCUCUAUUUCUUUCCCGAAGCAAAGACGUUUAGGGACUGGGGAGAAAAUGCAAUAACAAAAAAUGAACAGGAAAGAUUUUCUGUGUAAAAUGUCCAAAUUAUAUCAGUUUGACCAUUUGUAAGGAAAUAGAAAGCUGUAAAAAUGACCCAAGAUGUUUCUGAUAAGAUUUCAGGUCGGCUUGGAUACAUACUUUAUGUGGUUUCACAGGAGGCUGCUGAGGGGAGAAGGGUGUAUGAUAACACUGUGAAUGGCAAUUUAGGUGCCACCAACCUCCUGUGGUUGAAAUACUAGGCCUAUUAGCUUUUAGGGUGCUAAUAAAAAUAGCACCUCUACAGAAGGUCCCUAACUGCAGAUUCGGAUUCUCUCAAGAUGCUCUAAGAAAUCAAUCAUAUUUCUCCACCCCUGUUUCCGAGUCAAAAUGUAGGAUACAUUUGAAUUUGGUGUAUUAUUUUACUGCAAGAAAUGCUUCAUUCUGCAGGAGUUAAUAUUAAGGUUAUGUGUAAGGUUAUAGACCUACAGUCAGUGUCCAGAUUUCAGUUUCCAUUGAACCCAUCUGAACAGUAGGCUACAGUUAAAUUGACUUGUCCUGGUCUUGUGACUGUUGAAUUUGUAUGCACGCUUUGAGUGGGCUCCCGAGUGGCACAGCGGUCUAAUGCACUGCAUCUCAGUGGUAGAGGUGUCACUACAGACCCUUGUUUGAUUCCAGGCUGUAUCACAACCAGCUGUGAUUGGCCCAGCGUCAGCUGGGGUAUUCUUUACUGACUUGCCUAGUUAAAUAAAGGUUCAAUCAAAUGUAAAGAAUCAUCACACAUAACAUAGCCGGCACACUCCUUUACCACUUAAACAACUCUCCAUUUCGCAGCUUUUAUUUCAUUGAAUUAAACUCCGACAUUUAUCCUUUUUGCCUCGGUGGAUCGGCUAACUUUUUCUGGCCGUUCCCAAAAGCAUUUGGCUAUUGGCUUGUAGGCUAUUUGCUGGGCAUACAGUUAGGCUCUAAAGCUUACGCAAUAUGCACUAAUGCCAGAUAGCCUAAAAAGAAUGAAUGUAAAACCUCAAUGUAGCCGGUAGAUAUACAUUGCACAAGAAUGAUACAUUUAUGGAUCUUUGUAUGCAUUGUUUCCUCAUUAUUCAACCUGCUCGCCACCCACCCCUCCUUCAUCCACACAAUAGGAUGACCCUCAAACCCGCUCGCUCCGCAGAUACUUUUGUAUAUAUAUAUAUAGUGUAUGUGGACACCCCUUCAAAUGAGUGCGUUCAUCUAUUUCAGCCAACAUCGAGCACACCGCCAUGCAAUCUCCAUAGACAAACAUUGACAGUAGAAUGGCCUUACUGAAGAGCUCAGUGACUUUCAAUGUUGCACCGUCAUAAGAUGCCACCUUUCCAACAAGUCAGUUUGUCAAAUUUCUGUCCUGCUAGAGCUGCCCCGGUCAAUUGUAAGUGAUGUUAUUGUGAAGUGGAAAUGUCUAGGAGCAACAAAGGCUCAGCCACAAAGUGUCAGGCUUCACCAUCUGGCAGACCGACUGACGAAUCUAGGUUUGGCAGAUGCCAGGAGAACGCUACUUCCCCCAAUGCAUAGUGCUAACUGGGGCUGUUUUUCAUGGUUCGGGCUAGGCCCCUUAGUUCCAGUGAAGGGAAAUCUUAACGCUACAGCAUACAAUGACAUCCUAGACAAUUCUGUGCUUCCAAUUUAGGGGCAACAGUUUGGGGAAGGCCCUUUCGGGUUUGAAUGACAAGAAUUAAUCAGAUUCAAAGUGAUUCACACUACAGAAUAUCCUCCAUUGUACUUUUCUCUUAUUUUUCUUUGGCCCAUAGAUUAUUUUUAUUUGAGGAUGAAUUUAAGAUGAAAGUUUAGUCAGUCCUCAAUUUUGGUACUAAGAAGCCAAAUGUGACACCAAGACUUUUGUAGGAUGAAUAUUCCUUUGGGGUGUGAUUGUAUGUAUGAUGUCCAGAUGUUAAUGUUGUCUACAUAUAUGCAGGAUGUACAUUUCUUAACUUUCCAACUGCAGAUCUGCUUUGCUGGAGAAAACAUUUCAGUUACUGUUACUGAAAGUUCAUAUAUAUACAGUAGAUAAACCUAGUGCCUGUGCAAUGAUAGAAAUACUUGGAUGUUUGGGAUCAUGACUGAAAGGGUAUUUAUGGGAAAUAUGAUUUCCUGGUCAGAAGCUAUAUACAGUAUACGUGUUUCCACACGUCUGUCUGUGUUGAUACUUUAUGUAUAGACGGAGGUAUGGACACCAUUAGAGGCUGUGGUUCUGACUGCAGCUAAAAUGCUUCUUUUUCAUCUGUUCAUUGUUUCUGUGGAGUUUUGUUUGCAACAUCGUAACGGUGCAAUAAAACAAAAUGUGCAUUUAAA